AUGGUCGCAAGGAAGUUAGAUAAACGCGUGAUGCAGUUUAAAGAGGAAGCCGACGCCGACGAUGAAAAGGCUUUUCAACCCGCGCGACCAAAACAAGCGUCUGCCUAUGCCAACCUCCAUCUUGGCCAGCUAUGUCUUUGCAGUCACACUGUCCUAUAUGCAUCAUCUUGUAAACAAGAAUUAUGUAGCUUCAACUGCUCUGGAGAUCCAACUCAAAAAUGUGGAGGCAAAAGGCAGAGUUCUAUCUACACUGUGCCUACAGGUAUCUCAUCGCUCAUGAUCCUCGAUGUCGGCAACAAUUCCGUGGCAACUCCAAAGGAUGUGGCAGCUUACUCCGGGAUUUGGUUCUCCAUUGAUGUUGAGCAUCCAUUGAUGAAGCUAGUGGAUUUUGGUGAUGGAUAUAAAGAGGAGUCUCGUGAAGAUACAUUUUGUCAUCAGUACCUGUUUCCUGGGCUAAUGCACAUGACAGCCACGGUCGCUGAUGCAGCCAAAGUGACAUACACUGUUGGGAUGUACCUCAAUGUCCACCUACCUGUGUUGACCAUCAGAUCACACUGCCCCGCCGUCGUCUUACGAGGAAUGCCUUUCAGUUGUCAAUUCACUGCCUUUGGAACAGGAAUGGCAGCCACGGUUCACAUUGAUGACAUUGGGAGUUUUAAUAUGACCAUAGCAGAUGCAACGAGUGUAGCAGUUGGGCCUGAUCUUGAUGCUACUGCACAGUCUGCCUUGCCCGGUGGGGCCCAACUUUGUGUGAAAGUGAUGGAUGCACUCCCAGAGGAUGGAAUUCUCAUUGGAUGGGAAGUCGUCAUUGACACCCCUGGAAGUGUUGAAUUUAGAGUUUAUCGCCCAAAGUCAAUAUCUGGUAAGUCAUUUUGUCACCGGACUCUUAGCUACAUCGACUCGUCAGAAAAGUGUUCGGAGCAGUCCAGCCUCGCCGCCCACACAUGCACUCCAGAAGAGAAGUUCAGCUUCACCAAACGGGCCUGUAUGUCAAAUGCUCAAAACGGUACAACCUUCCAGCAGAAUGGGAUCCCACCUGGUAACACCACCUAUGAAGAACUCAGGAAGAUUCGAUUUACUAUCGAUGAGAUUGGAAAACAUUUCAUCCCAAUGGCGUUCGCUGAGGAUCUUGAGUUUGAACUUAAAGCAGGAGAUCUGAUUGGUUAUUACUCCGAGGGAUUGGCAAACAUUCGAGAGGUUCAGCCCCUGACUCCGGGAGAAGGUGAUGUGUGUUUGGGCUGGUUUGGGGUUGACGUGCCGGAUUAUAGAUCAAUCAUGCUAUCUCCGGAGUCUGCGCAGCACCAGGGCCAGUAUUUACUACGAGCGGUGACGGUCAAACCGUCGAGGCUUUACAUGUCUGGAACGUACCCAGAGAGUAGUGCUCUAGGACCCCACAACAUCACCGUGGAGAUUGGGAAUGCCGUCGGCAAUGAAACAACCACGGCGACGUUUUUUGUCGAGAAUGAAAUUGAUAAUGUGACCCUAGCGAUCAGUCACUCAGCUGCCACUGUCUUUGAAACGGUUAGCUUAAGUGUUGAGCAUGAUGGCCGACCAGUCUGGUAUGAGUGGGAUAUGGGAGAUGGUUUCAAUACCUACAAUACAACAAGGAAUUCCUCUUGGUUUAGCUGGAGUCAUGCUGGUCAUUACAACGUGACAGUCACGGUGAUAAACCUGUACAACUCACAGUCCAAUACGAAAUUGAUAAUUAUUCAAGAGAACAUUCUUGGCCUUGAGUGGACGAAUCCAGACCUGGAGGCACCUAUCCUACUAGGCAAUCAAGUAACUAUGGAAUGGACAGCUGAAAAUGGGACGGAGGUUGAGUACUUGUUUGAGUUUGAAGGCAACGUUGGUGAGCCUGAUACCAAUCUGACUGUUGGUGGGAGUGGUGCAAACAUCUCAAGUCUCAGUGCAUCUGGAUGGACUCUCAGUAACUUUGUAGUGCAGCUCUCCUCUAACGGUUUAGUUGGUACAACAACCUUUGUCACAGAUAGAGCUGGCCACCUCCGUAUCUCUCUCCUUGCCUAUAAUCUGGUGAACCAGUCGUGUAUCUGGGCCAAUAUUCAUGUCCAAGCCCCUGUCUCUGGGUUCAAAGUCUUUGCUACCCCGCCCCAGCGUCUUGGUGACGACAUUGUGCUCUCGUACAAACUAUCCGGAGGAACGGACAUCAUAGUCGACAUGACCUUCAUGGGAUUCCAGUUUUGCAAGAACUGCGUAACGACUGAUCUUAAAGGAGAAUGCUUGUUAAGUGCUUACAAGAAUUACCACGAAGCUGGCGUCUUCGAGGUUGAGCUGAAUGCGUAUAACAACGUCAGCGGACCUCUCUUCGCUAUGACAAACCUCACGAUACAGGCCACCUUUAACAGGUCAGAUCUGGAAGUAAGCAUCAUACCAGGUCUGGCUGUUGUCACCGGUUUGGAGGUCUUUGUAACGUUUGCUUUGAAGGAGGGAUCCGGCGUCAACUAUGAGGUUGACUAUGGAGUGGAAAACAUUAAUCCAGUGACUGGCUUCUCGGAGUGUCUCUAUCAAGAAGAAGGUGACGAGGUAUCAACCAGCCAUAUCUACACUUCUCCGGGGGCGUACCUUGUCACAAUCCAUGCUUGGAAUCUUCUCAGUAAUAUAACACACAGUGAUGUUGUGAGAGUACUGAACCCAGUCGCCAGACUAGUGAUGGUUGAACCGAGUCUCAUGGACUUAAUCGGCGUUACUCAGGAAGAGGGCCUCCGGUUAGCGGUUGUCUUAAACUUCUCUGGCAACGACAGCCAUCGACCCACAGAUGCGUCAGCAGUGUAUUCCUUCUCUGAUGUGACUCUUCAAGAUCCAAUGUGGAACAUCAGCAAUACUGAUCCCUAUCCCAUUACCCAGCUUCUGCCGGUACCAAGUCAUGGAUUAUACACUGGUAGUGUCACUGUGUACAACCUUAUCAGUAGAAAUGAGUUCCUUAUAAGAGUAACCCUGUACGAGGUCAUUGAAAACUUUGAGAUUUCAGCAAGCAAUGGAUUUGACGUGAUUGUUGGAGAACCAGUUUAUUUUAGCCUGACAGUUACCUGGGGAUCCAACAUUUGGUUUCAUGUGUUAUUUGGCGAUGGUGCAUCUAAAAAUGUAUACACUGAAAAGGAUCGACACACCUUGUUGUCAAAAACAUAUAAUGGCUUAGGAGGAUACGAGCUCAGUAUAGAAGCCUCAAAUUCAGUUGGAGGGGUGACGAAGACUGCAAACCUGAGAGUAUUCCGCAGAAUUGAGGGUUUUUCUUUGAGAGCACCAAGGGUUAACAGGUUGCCCCCCGGUGGAUCCAUUGCCAUCCCAGUUUCACUAUACCUCAAGAAGAAUGUUGCCAUGCCGAGUAAUGCUACUGUUAUCAUGGACUUUGGGUUUGGCGAACCAUUGUUCUUUGAUCUACUGAAAGUUAACACCAGCAGUGUGGACUACGACACCACACUUUCGCAUCACCUGGGUAGCUUCCCUAAAGUUUACAACGCAGCCGGGAGGUUCAAUGUCACAGCUUACAUCUCCAAUCCUGCCAGUAGCCAGAACAUCUCAAAAGAAAUCUGGAUCUUCGAGGAGAUAUCUGAUGUUGAGACCGUCGUUAAAUAUAAUGAGUACCUCUUGAAUAAUUCCAAUGAUGCGCAAGAUCAGCCGGCCUUUGAUGCCGGUGGUAUAUACGUGCCACUCAAUCAUGCCAUGGUCCUGAUAGCAGAGUACACCUCAGGCAACGAUCUUGUGUUUGAAUGGGACUUUGGUGAAGUGCCCGGCCUUACCAGUGUGACGCGAGAACCACGAGAGAUCUACAUUUACGGAGCGCCUGGGACGUUCAAGACAACCGUGAAUGUGUCCAACCCCGUCCAGUUUGUUGUCAGCAAUGUGACGGUCCACGUGCAAGUCCCUGUGGCGGACGUCAAGUUGACUCUUCUUGAUAUCGGAGACAAGACCAGCAAUGUCACGAUGUUCUUUGAAGUGAGCACACAGAGCUUGGGUACAGACGCAUGCUAUCGAGUAGAUUUCCAGGACUCGCAGGGCAACCCAGUGCGUUACUUUGGCUCUAAAGUGGUCUGCCUCUCAGCCUAUCAUACAGAAAUUGCACUAUCAGAGUACCCUUUCACAUGUGAAUCUAUAGACUUUCUGGCCAUCUGGGAGGAAGGGGGCGGACCCCACUCUUUCAACAUCACAAAUAUAUACGAUAACUACGAUCAGUACAGCAUCAAUAUCACAGGGAGUAAUAUUGUUUCAGCUUCGACCUUCAUCCUCCCACAGUUUGUCAUGAAACCAGGCUGCUUCAACCCAAAGGUCAUAGUCCAGGAAGCAAACCUCUGCAACAGUCUCUACCAUACCUGUGAUCCCGGCACAGACUACCAGGUUUACUUGGCCGCCGUGCAGAUCACCAUCCUAUCCAAGGUUACUCUACAGUGUAAGAGCACCAACAAGGCAAGGUUUCAGUGGUCUGUGUUCUCGACCGGGAUCAGUCCUAUUGAUGACGGAGGGAUGGAAGUACAGCUCCCUGCUGAUAUCCCCACUGACGGUCCAUCCCUGGGGAGUUUAAUAAUCAAACCGGCAACCUUGUCGUAUGGUUGGCACCGUAUCGAGCUGAACGUCUCAAUGGUCGGAGAACACCCGCCGAUCUUUGGGAAGGAUUCCAUUUUCUUCCGGGUGGACGCUUCGCCUCUGGUGGUGAACAUCAUAGGCGGCGAUGAGCGCACUGUACACUACAACAAUACGGUCACCCUGGACGCCAUCGACUCGACCUUCGACCCUGAUGAUCCCGGCGCCACCCAAGAGGACUUUCAGUUUGUCUGGCUGUGCCGUCGAAAAUCCUACUUUAGUACGACGACCGGCAACACAACUGAAGAUGUGGAAUCAUUUGAGAAGUGGGAUAAGUUUUAUGAGAAUCUGAUAAAGGAAGCCAUCGACAGAAAUGAUGAAAUUGAUGCCAGUGAUAAACUUGAUGAGAAAGUCAUUGAUCGCGGAGGUUGCUUCGGUUUGUCAACUGACGCUGUUGUACCAAAACCCGGUGGGAAAUUGAAGUUCACUACUGGGAUAGUUGCCGUUAGCACUGUGCCAAUGUACUACAACAUGGAGUACGAGUUGAAGGUUGCUGUCAUUAGGAGAAUGGCCCUAUGGGGCAGGAGCUACGAUAGAGUAGGAGAAGCAACCCAGGUUAUCGACGUCAGAGAGGGACGACCACCGAUCAUGCUCACAUAUUGUAAGGUGAACUGUAAGAGUAAACUGAAUCCAUCCAACCGAUACUCUUUGGAAUCUAAAGAGGCCUUUGGUGGAAAUAACUUCUUCAGCUUAUAUUAUGCCUGGACUAUUUCCAUGUUUGUCUCUGGAGAGUGGAACAAAGUGCCAGUCAGUGAGUGGGAGAUGUACUCCAGGACGGGCCAGCAACAGGCAAACUUUGUCAUGGAGCCAGGAUUCUUUCAGGAGUCUCAAAAUUACCAGCUCAAGCUGUUGGCCUCAAGAAACCCAGACUUCUCCAAUUCAGGGAAUGUUGUUCUGCGAGUUGAAGUGAAUGAUCGUCCGACCAAUGGAUCUUGCUCCAUCUCACCGCUGGAAGGAGAAGCUCUCAAGACUAACUUUGACAUCUCCUGCAGGGACUGGACUGACAUUGAUCUACCUCUGACGUAUAUCUUCACCAUCAUGAAUAGAGUCAUCCAUUCAAAAUCAUCCAUGCAAGUCAGAACAUGA